GAUCGCUGAUCCUGUUGAUGAUAGAAGAUAAAGGAGGAUUUGUUUGCCUGCUGGCCUGCCCUUGUCCUAGUGCACUUGUGACAUUUACGUUCUUGUUUCUAACAUUAAUUUUUAUAAUUUCAAUAUUGUAUUCAUAUUCACGUAUCAUUGGCCAUCCAAUCUCUAUCAGUGAAUGACAGUGAUCCUAUUUUUGAGUUUUGCAAGUGUCAAAUGAUUGAGAUUGAUUUCAGUGUUUCAUCCCAGCCAAAAUGUUUACCAUCAAACUUGAUGUUUCUCAUUAGAACAAUGGAGUAAGUAACCUUAUUUUACCUAACAAUGGCAAAUGAAGUCUGGAGAGAAUGUGCCUCCUGGCUAACCAGGUGCGGGGUGCUAAGACCUGACCAUAAGGCGAAGUGGCCUGAGGCGGAUAUCUUUGAUUUAGCUUUGACACUUCGGGACGGUGUUUUAUUGUGCAACCUGAUCAGCUCGCUUGACCCUGGAUGUAUUGAUAUGAAGGAUGUCAACCAAAAACCUCAGUUAGCACAGUUCCUGUGUCUGCGGAACAUUAAAGUCUUCCUGCAAGCUUGUCAUGACUAUUAUGGUCUCCCUGAGUCAGACUUGUUUGAGCCGUUGAUGCUAUUUGAUUUCACAGAUUUCUACAGAGUCAUUCACACACUGUCAAAACUGUCAAACUGCCCUAAAUUUCAGAAGAAGAAUAUUCCUGGCUUUUCUGUUCACCGUCCAAGAACAUUGUCUCAAGAAGACAUUUACAGGAAUCUAAACUCAACCCUUUCUGCUGAGUUGGAUACAAAUAAAAGUGGCUCGCAGAAAAGUCAAAAUUGGCUUCAGUUUAAAAUUAAGUCUCCGCAAUGUGAAGAGGACGAAGAGCAAAUCUAUGAGUUUCUUUGCUGUGUAACAUUUUCUUCCGAGGUUCCUACCCCAAUUAGUCAUAAUUUAGAAAAACGUGAUUAUGUCAUCAAUGAACUGGUGGAGACGGAGAAAAACUAUGUCGAUGUGCUUGGUACCCUCCAGAAAUGUUUCAUCCGGCCCCUCCAGAACGUUUUGAAAGAUGAUGAUUUUAGAGUGAUUUUUUGGGGCAUCAAGGAACUAGCUGAAAUUCAUGGUGGAUUCUUGAGUCAGCUGCGGAAAGCCACAACACCCAAUAGCAUGAUCAAGCUAAGUGAAACAUUCUUGAAUUGGCGAGAGAAAUUCUUGAUCUAUGGCGAUUAUUGUGCAAACCUCACCACCGCUCAAGAUAAAAUCCAAGAGAUUUGCAAUCGUAGUGAAAAUAUCAAUCAACUGAUUCAGGUUUGUCAAGAAGAAGCCAACAACAAUAAAUUCAAACUUCGUGAUAUUUUGUCCGUUCCAAUGCAGAGGAUACUCAAAUACCAUCUUCUUCUGGAUAAACUAAUCAGUGAGACACAGCCAAAUCAUGAGGACUAUCGUGGCCUUGAAAGAGCGAAAGAAGCCAUGAUUGAUGUAGCCCAGUAUAUCAAUGAAGUCAAAAAGGACAGCGACACUCUUCAGAUCAUGGCUGACAUUCAGGCGAGUAUCACAGACUGGAGUCUGGCUGAAAAUAUGGAACUGAGAGAUUUUGGCCGUUUAAUUAAAGAUGGAGAGCUUAGAAUCAAAGCUCACAAUGAUCAAAAAGUGAAAGUCAGAUAUGUGUUUAUUUUCGAUCAAGUCAUUCUCAUGUGCAAAGCUUUAAAAGGAGACCAAUAUUGUUUCAAAGAGUCCCUCAUGUUGAGAGAUUACAAGAUUGAGGAUGCUGGUUCCAAACGAAUACUCCACCGUGAAUCUCGCUGGAACUAUCAUUGGUUCCUGUUGCGGAAAGGGGAGCGCUUUGCCUACACAAUGUAUGCACGCACAGAGGAGCUCAAGAAAAAGUGGAUAAAAGCCAUUCAGGAUGCUUUUGACAAUAUCGAGCCAUCGGCAUGCCGAAACACAGACCACAAAUUCUCCAUGCACACUUUUGAACGUCCAACAACGUGCAGUCAUUGUAGCAAAUUUCUGAAAGGCAUAAUCUAUCAAGGGUACCGUUGCGACAAGUGCUAUUUGGCAGCGCACAAGCAGUGCAUCUCUUUUACUGGUCGUUGUGGGCUCAAGCCACCCCAGUUACCGGCCCGUCAUGCAUCCCCGCUGAGUGAUCCUCUGGUUGCAGAAUUACCACAGGCAGUCCCGCCACUUCCGUCCGACUGGUCAUGGUCUCCAGCACAGUCAUCCGAUCAUGGUCUCACCGAUUAUCUGUGGUUUGUCGGCUCCAUGGGUCGGGAGACAGCUGAGAGGCUACUCGAAUGGCAGAUGGACGGGACCUUCCUGCUCAGAAUCAGACCGCAGGGACCGACGCAUCCCAAUGAAACUGCCUACGCCCUCAGCUUGAAGAGUGAUAACAAAGUGAAGCAUAUGAAAGUUUACGAACGGGAAGUAGAUGGAACUGUUGAGUAUUAUCUAUCGGAAUCUCGCUUUUUUCGAUCUCUUGUUGACCUCAUCUCCUGUUAUGAGCAUACAAGUUUAGGUGAAAACUUUAUAGGACUAAAUGUUCAACUACAGUGGCCAUUUAAGAGAAUAGUAGCUGUGGCGGAAUUUGACUUCAAUCCUGUUGAGCCAAAUCUGUUACCUUUGAAGCAAGGAUGUCAAGUCAUCGUACUAAGCAAAGAAGGAGACCAUAAAGGAUGGUGGAAAGGCAAAGUACAGGAUCGUGUUGGGUUUUUCCCUAAAGUCUUUGUUCGUGAAAUUACAGACAAUUUCAAUAUUGAAAUGGACUUCCACUCUGCUAACUAACUGUAUUCUUUUAAAUUUGCUGUUUAUUUUUAGACUGUGAUAUAUUUACAAUUAAGUUACUUUUACCUGGCAUCAUGAUUUCGUACUCAUUUUUAUUUAUUGCUUCUAAGGUUUUUUUUCUUUUUUUUCUUUCAAGUGUAGUCCAUUCUUGGCUUUCAUUGAUUUGGUAAUUGUUAAGUUCUUAUUUUUGCAAACAUAGCUUGCCCUUGUUACCAAUGUAUUCGCUCAGUUGCGCGCUAGAUAACUGCGGAUUCUCAAAUCCAUUCUAAUUUGUAGGAAUAAAUGUUAAUGUAAUAGGACUAGUUCCAAACACAAUAAGUAAAUAAAAUACCUGAAUGGCAAGAAAAUUCCUGAAAGGAAGGAAUGCUUAAAAAAGAAGGGAAUUUUGACUUGACAUUAGGGUCUUAAUUGGCAUGAUUGCUCGGAAGCAGGUCAUAGAGCAAAAACAAUUGCUCAUGUUUGAUAAUCAAUGCAACAGGUUCACAGUUUCUAGAUAAGACUUUGAGUUCAGCCAGUGCCAGGGAAUAAUGGGAUGAUUUAAAUCAUGACUGUUAUAUUAUAAAUUGAGACUUGAAGUAGACAAUUUUUGCUCAAAAUUCGCUUUUUCGUGCCUUAUUUUAUGCUCAAAGGACUGUCGAGUUCAUUGUUAAAUGUGACGUUUUUGACACUCCCCUGAAAAUUUGUCAUGGCGCAUGUUAUAAUGUUGAUGUCAAAUGAGUCCUAACAGAUUUUGACCGCAACAGAAGAUCUGCUGCCUUUAAGUUAGCAUUGAAAGUAAAUAGUAGAAUUAAGAUGCAGAUCUUCUGUCUCACUCUAAGCCUUUUUUUUUUUACACAAUUUUGAAGGGGUAAAAAAAUGGAGAAGAAAGGAGAAGAGAGAAUCAUGUAUGUUUUUUUAAGGUAAGAAAUUUUCUCUAAUUUCAAGCCAUAUCAAUCUACCAAAGCCAGAAACUUUCGUUUUCAGUUGAGUUGGGACCUGCUGUCGAAAAGUUGUAUCCAACAACUGGUUUGUUCUAGGGGGCUCCUAAAUGUACUCAAUGGUUGAGGCUGCCGGGGCUUGAAGUUAGUCUGUCAAAAUCACAAGUUUCCCAUCCAUAUCAUCUUUAUCUUUCUUUUGAAUUCGUCUUAUAGCUUAAAGCUGGUUGUACCGUUAAGUUGAUUCCAGUAUGCAAAAUCAGAAUCGCUCACCAUCAUAAACUUAUCUAGAAACUGUGAAUCAGCUCAAAACAAAAAUCAGCUGACUGAGACAGCUUUUCAGACUCAAAGAACUUUUCAAGAAGUCUCAUUAGUAAAAUCAAGGACUCGAAAGAAUUUUCCAAGAUUUUAAAAAAAUUUAAAUCUAAUUUUGAGGGUACACAAACAUGUUUAGCACUUAAGAGAAUGCCUUGAAAAUUGAAGUUUUUUCCUUCUCUUGUAUUUUUAUUCUCUGCUCUCGAUUGGUGAAGAUGCAAUCGUAGGACACUAUUUGACAUUUUGGAAGUUAUAGAGAAGGAGACCAAUUUCAUGAGCUGUUGUGUACAAAUUAUCAGAUGAUACAGAGGUUAAAAACCUUUAAGCUCCCCCCCCCCCCCCAAGAAUUCUAGGAUUUUUCAAGCGGUCUUGAACCCUGUGGGAGGAAUCUGUUUCUAGCUGACCUAUAGGAUGUAUUUGUUAGUGAUGACAUCUGCAACAUGUUACAAAAAAUUAAUACUUAUGUUACUUUCUCACAACCAAUGAUGGAGCAGGUGAGUGGAGCUCUGUUAGAAAUGUAUAAAAAUGUAAGUAACAAUCCUGGAGGUCCUCCGAGAACGUUCCAGAUGUCGUGCAAUAACUUUUUUGGACAAUGUUUAAAUGUUAAAAAAAUUUUACCAAGAAUUCAAACUCCACCUACCAACACUCAGUAUUGUUCUGACAAACUGGGAAUUUUGAGCACUGCAGCAAGACAGUCGUGAUUGUCACCCCAAACUAAAUAUGAUCGAUGUAAUUGUACUGUGUAGCUAAAGCCUGCCACAUAAGCUGCCCUUUUAACAAAGUCUUUUGCUUUCUUGGUUUUGUUAAAGAAGUAUGUUGUUUUUUUAAUAAAAUUAAUUUGAUUAUCUCAUCAAA